GUGCAUUUUAAUGGUGAUCUGUUGAUUUACACAGUGUAUCUGUCAAAAUUAUACAAACAAAACCUUCUUUCUAAGAUGCUUCAAUCAAGGGUCGUGCAGCAUUAUUAAAUAUUUUCCAUGAUACUUCCAUACAAAUCUUUUCGGACUUUUGCUUCUAACUCCGCUGGCACUUCACAGAUUUCUAAAUAUGAAUCACCAUUACGUACUCUGACCCUAUAUUUUUCGAGAUUGACGAUUACGCUACAAAAUUGCCUGCAGAAAUCAUUGACAUCAGUCUUUUACUCUCUUAGCAAGUGCAAACAAAAUUGACCUGAGUCAUCCAAAGUGUUAGACACACUGUGUAAACAAAAAUGAUCAUCGGAAUGUAGUAGUGGAUGUAUCUGGUACCACAAAGGUGAAUCUGUAGAUGUACAUAUGUAGAUGUAUGAUUUCCUUGACGACGCCAAAACAUACGUACAUUUAAAUUCGAAUCGGUCCCGAAUUUUGUCAUAUCAAGAUAUGUCGUAAUCAUGUUCAGACCGUGGUUCCUGGUUUCUCUAUUGCUGCUGUCUCAAGUGCAGGUCAAAAGUGGUCAAACAUUAAGGACGUGGUUAGACGAUGCUUUCUUGCCGGUUUAUAGGAGCAUUCGAUUGGGGCUGAAUCAUGUCCUUAGGAGAUCUAUCACAUCCAGGGAAAACAAAUAUCAACUGAAAAUGUAUGACAGAUACCAAGAACCAGUCGAUAAUACUAAGGAUUUCCCUUGUGCUAGCACGUCACCAUUUCGAAGUAAAACUGUACCAGCAACUGCUCACGAACUGCGUCCUGGUGAUAUUGACGUAAUCGGAGCUAUCGGAGAUAGUAUAACUGCAGGGAUAGGUACCUCAGCUACCGAUAUCUUGCAGUUGAUUGUAGAUGACAGAAGCAAAUCAUUUUCUGGAGGAGGAGGAGGAAACUGGAGAAACACGCUUACACUCCCAAAUAUCUUAAAAGUCUUCAAUACUAAAUUGAUUGGAUACACUGCUAAACCAUCUUUAACAAUAGAAAAAGGAUCAAGUUUUAAUGUAGCAGAGGCUGGUGCUAUCUCUGCCGACACUCCUUACAUGGCAGAACUCCUUAUUGAUAGGAUGAAGUCUGAUCCAAGGGUUAAUAUUACUCACCACUGGAAGAUUAUAACAGUGAUGAUGGGAGCAAAUGACUUUUGCGUCGAAAUCUGCUACCAAAGGAACCCAUACGAUGUACUAGAGAAACAUAAAGCACAUCUCCAACAGGCUCUUAGAUCCUUGAGAAACAGUUUGCCCAGAACUAUGAUUGUCGUUAUACCUGCUCCGUUUGUGCGUCCUAUAAUCGAGUUGAAGGAUCGGCCUCCAAUAUGUCGAAUGAUGCAUUCUCUUCUAUGCCCUUGCCUAGCUGGACUCGCUUAUAAGAGGCAACGAGCAAUGUUUGAUGACGUUAUGAGAAAAUGGCAGUUGCUCGACAUAGAGAUAGCCAACAGUCCUGAGUUUGAUUUGGAUGACUUUACUGUGAUACCACUUAAUAUGACAUUGAACUACACCUUUCCCAGGUAUCCAGAUGGCAGUAGUAACUAUGGAUACCUUUCUGCAGAUUGUUUUCAUCUAAGUGAACGAGGGCAAGCUAGGUUUGCAAAUGGUGUCUGGAACUCGCUGUUAGAGCCCUUCGGCAACAAGACCUUAGGUGGACCUGACUCAUUAUCAGAGUUCUACUGUCCUACCGAAGAGCAUCCUUACAUUUUCACAAGGAGAAACAGUAACCACAAACGCUUGAUGCCAUAACAAAUUAUGUGAAUGUUUAAUUAAGUAAUUAUAACUCUCAACA